CAGGCAAGAGCAAAGCAUCUGGGGCUGCUCUCCCACCUUGUUCCAAGUCGCGGUGGCCCCCGGGGGUCACGCCGCGCGCGCGAGCGCCCGUCGCUGCCCCCCGCUCGACGCCCGCGCCGCCGCUCCCGGCGGCGUCCUCUGCUCGACGACUCAAAGCUGCCCCAUGGCGGCCGCCGCGCUCCUCGGCCACUGGGUCGCGACCCACCUCUACCUCCUCACGAGCUGGGCCGGCCUCGCGGCCGUCACCAUCAUCAUAGCGCGGUGGCAGUGGGAGCGCGUAGAAACGAUGAUGAAAGCGAGGAUCAUCCGAGAGAUGGAGCGCAAGGCAGGCGUGCCCAUCAGCAUCGAAGCGUUAACAGUAAGACCGAUCAGGGGCGAGCUCGGAUUGACGAAUUUGAUCGUGAAAGGGAGCGAAGGGACCUGGCAACACGCGUACUUCAUGAAGGUUCAUAAGCUGACCUGCAAGGCCCACGGCGGCUUGCUCGGGUGUGCGUCGCUCGCGGGCAUGGUCUCCUUCGAUCUAGGGACACAUCUCCCAUUCAUUGUAGGAUUCAAGGGCAAGAUGGUCGACGCCAUGACGUGCGCGGGGAUGGAGGUCUAUGUAGAAACGUCGCAUACCGGUAGUUCGAAUGCGGAUUUCUUGCGGGAGAUCGACCGGGCCGAUCGGCGGAAGACGCGAGCGCGAGGCCGGAAGGCCCACGAGGCCGAACUAAGGUGGAAGCUCUGCUGGGUGUCUGAUCAGAAAGAAAAAGCACAUCUCGCGACGACGCUGGCGGCCUUGCUGGAAGAGGACGAGGAGGAACGACUCGCGGAAGAGGCCCUGUGGGACCAUCGACAUCAUGGGGAUGCGGAGCACGCCGCAUUUUUUGAUGCCGUGCACUCGCAUCUGAACGAUGCCAAAAGUCAUAGAGAGAACUUUUUAAUGCAUCACGAUCGAUUGCGGAUGAAGCACCACAAGUUGCUCCAGAGUCGGUCCGAAAAGAAAGCGAUGGCCAAGUCCUUCAAGGCUCUCAGAGCUACUGAUGCGAACCACGAGCUCAUGCACGUCGGGCGAUGUACGAUCCAGAACUGUACGUUUGCCUUGGGGAAGCACACUUUUCAUCUAGAAAGACAUGCUGUUGUAGAGGCCUUUUCCGGGACGCUAUUGGAGUUCCAGCGGGCCGUUUCUAGAAAAGUCGUUUCUGCCGCUCUAUCGGACUCGUGGGCGCGCGAGAAGGAGGUGCUGUCGCACUGGUCCUUCUUCGGCAAGCGGUCGUCUCCCUCAAAAUCGCCGUCCUCGGUCGCCGAGCCGGUCGCCGCGGACGAUCGCCUGCCCGAGAGACCAUGAAAUUCGCACGCUGAUCCUCGCUCGACCCGCGCCCGGAAACCGGCGCGACCGCUUCCCCACUGCUAAACUAACCUUGUUCAUACU